AUGGCCUGGACCAAACACGCGGCCGUGUUCGCGGCCUUGGCUCUCGGUGCCAAUGCUCAGGCGCCGACCAAUACCCCUAUCCCGGCGAACAUUGGAUUUGUUCUGAGUGUGCAACCCCCUGCCGCCGUGUCGAACACCACUAGCCUGCCGACCUCCGCGAUCACCGGGAUCUCGUCCACACCGACGGCGUCUCUCAGCGUCACCCUCAGCAGCAGCAGCAUCCUCUCGCAGCCGACCACUGCAAUCUCGAGCAGCGGAUCUUCGUCGGUGCUCUCGUCUGGGUCUCCCAGCGGAAGCAGCACUCCCAGCGCUUCCUCGUCUUUCACGACCUUCGGUACAAGCAACUUGAACCCGCCGCAGCCGAGCUCCACGCUCACAAGCUCCGCUCCGACUGUCGUCACGCCGGGUAGUUCCACCACUUCCCCUAUCCUUUCGAGCAGCAGCACUUUCAACUUUGGGAACAGCAGCACUGCUAGAACGACUCCCUCCUCGACCAGCAGCGUCUUGAGCACACCUACCACGACCAUCAGCGUUGGCGGCAGCAGCAGCAGUGGUAGCAGCAGUGCUCCUAGCUCGAGCAGUACCAGCACCGCAACCUCUGCUCCGACAAGCACUACAACCGGCAGUACCAGCACUGGUAGCUCGAGCAUCGCCAGCACUACUUCCAGCAGCAGUUCAUCGAUCACAUCCUCAGCUUCCUCUACUGAUAGUUCCACUUCGACUUCCUCGACUUCCUCGACGUCCAGCGAUUCCUCAAGCUCGAGUAGCUCCUCCACCUCCAGCAGUUCUUCAAGUUCGAGCACCUCUAUAACCAUCACUUCGACCAGUUCUAGCAGCUCUAGCAGCUCCAGUAGCACCAGUUCUACCUCCUCCUCGACACUCUCUUCUUACAUCUCGUCCCCGUCUGGUCCUUGUGCUAUUAAUACCGCCGCUUUCGUAUUCCAAGCCUCAGGUACAGGAGACGUCAACGUAGACGGCAAGUGGGCCGCGCUGUCGCCGGCCUUUGGAUCAGGCUACAGGCUCCGUUUUGAUACCACCAGACAACUGGCGCAACAGUUUAGACUCCAGCCCGACUGCGCGCUCACCACUGCUGACGGUACUUUCGUGGCCAUGGUUGGCGGCACCGCGAAUCUCCAUUUUCAGUACUUCUUUCAGUCCACCGCCAUCGCCUCUUCUCUGGUCAAUGUCAAUUUUGAAGCCGACGUGUGCCAGAGGAAUGCCGACAACACACUCACCUGCACAGCCAUGGGUCAAAGCAUUUUCCAAGUCACGCCAGGUGACCCUUCUCUCCAAUUGGGCGACGAGAAUUAUGGGGAGGUGGUCACGAUCAGCAUGAUUACCGUACCAGGAACCAUCUUCCGCUGA